GCCAUAUUUUGGAAGUGUUGACAGAGGUUGCAAACGAUAUCAAGUGUCAGACGUCCAAAUUCCGAAGUAAGUCAAGGGAAAGAGGGAGAGAAAAGGGAAAGCAUGGGGUCUGAAUCUGAUUUGGAAGAGUUGCACAAUUCCAUUUUGAGUCUGUGUGAAGAUGAAUCCCAAUCCAAAACACUGGAUCAGACUUUAAAUUUGUCUCCGAUAAAGGCGAACGAAGCCAGUCUAGUGGAUACCCCAUCGACUAAAGAUGCUGUUGACGAUAAAUGUACGCCCAGUUUACUGGGACCUCAUCUUUCUAAAGUUGAUAUGACAUUUACAAUGCGAGCUCACAGUACUCCAAUAGUUCCAAAAAGGCUCUGUCCUAUGGCUGCUCCUGCUUCAAUAGAUAAGGAAUGUGCUAGAGCUACAGAGGAAGUGGAGGAAGAUGGGGAUCAAGAAGAUGCUGAGCUGGAAGAAUUGAGGAAGAUGAAGUAUGAAGAUUUGUUAUCAGAAGUAACAGUGCUCUGUGGUCUUCCACGAAAUAGUCUAUGUAGUUCUGAAGGACCAUCCAGGUUAAAAAUGGAGGAUUCCUUGAAAAACCUCAAUCAGACACAGCUGAGCAAAAUCAACAUGGACAGCAUUUUGUCUCAGUCCUACAUUACUAAAGAUAAGCAGAUGACAGGUGAAGAGGCUUCCACAGAAGAUUCUAAACUGGAGGAAAGAACACCUGGAAGAUUUGCAGGCCUUUCCACUACAACGCCUGUAGCUUCACUUCUUCUUGAAGAAGAUGAUGAUGAAGAAGUGGAACUUGCAGAAGACAUUCUUGGAUUGGAUGAGUUUAUAUACAGUCAGUUAGACUCAGAUGAUAAUUUUGAUGAAGAAACUUUGUUGUUUGGAGAAGAUACUGUUGUGACAGACAAAACUGUGAAAAAUUUCUCAAAAGUUGAAGCAUCAAACAAGGAAGAUUUGGACCCUGAUCAGAAAUCCUUACAUCUAGUUCAAAAUGAUUACAUUGUGAUAGAUUCAACAUCAGAUACUGAGAACAAUCAUAGUACAGAACCUGCUGAAUCAAAGACAUCCAGUGCAGCAACAACUUAUGCUGAUAUUAAUGCAAAUGUUGUGUGUACUGGUCAGAAGAGAAAGGACAGUGAUGUAGAAAAGGAUGAACAUGAUUCAAAGAAGUCAAAAGUGUCAAAUGCGAAGAAGGUGGUGACAGCUGAAGGACUUUCAAAAAAGGGUGUUGAGAAGGAUGAAACAGGGUCUGAUGUUGAAUAUGUGGUAAUAAGUUUGAUUGAUAGCUCGGAAUCUGAUUUAGAUGGGAAGUCGGACAAAGAGGACAAUGAUAUUACUUUGAGAGCAGACGACAGAGAGAAAAGCCAGACAAGUACUGCUAGAAAGAAUAAUAUUCCUACGGUGUGCGUGAGUCCUCUUGUAGGUAACAAGAUUUUGCAGGAUCAGUGUGAUUCUAGAAGCAGUCAGGCCAAAGAGGGCUAUUGCGCUGAAAUAGAUUAUAAUAAAGAAAGGUCCUUCUUGAAAGAUGAAAAUGAAUUGACUAGGAGUGUGAUGAGAAGAUGGAACUCGAAUGGUAUUCAUAAUCCUGACAGUAACUUGACUCAUGCGACAACUAUUAGAAGAAAGAACAAUGGAGUGAAAGGUCGGCUGGAAGGUUUUCAUCUUUCAACUUUGCACGGGGAAAACAGUGACAUAAAUUACAGAAGCAACAGUGCAUUAAACACAAGAUCGCUCACAGAUUGUAUUAGAAAGCUGAAAAUGGAUAUGAUGGAAUUAGAGCGGAACCAUUUUGAUUGUCUUCAGGACAUGAAAUGUAUAUUCAGAUCGAAAAUGGUUGAGAAAGAUUCUGUUGACCGAAAUCGCAUUAGAAACCUACGAUGUCAACAAGAAAUGGAAGCGAGAUCUGUUCAUUAUCAUUAUAUAGACCCAACUGUAAAACGAUGCCAACUCAUGCAGCUAAAGAUAGACCACAUGGCACAAAUUGAUCAUCUCCAAUGUAUAGCCUUGAGAGACGAUGAAUUUAUGAGGGAGGAAUAUUCCAGAAAAGUGGAAGCAGAGAGAAAUCGAUUUGAGGAACAGUAUAACAAGAUAUCCUCACUCAUUCAACAGUUAAGUCGUAGAGAGUUUGAGGAAAAAGACGAUCAGUUUGGACCUCACAUAAUGGUAAAUCUGGCGAAAGCUCCAUGUGUUGCCAGCAACGAGAAGCAGACCCAGGUGUCCGUUUGUUUGCCAUUGGAAAUUGCAAAUGCCAUACUCAAAGAGGACGAACUUUAUGACAGAUUUUAUGAAUAUUAGGUAUAAUUUGGUGUUCAAUCAAAGAAAAUUCACUUCGUGUUCUACAUAUUAAAAUGCUAUUUUUAGUUUUGUUAAAAUCUUGAGCUCUGGUUGUGAUA